AUAAAUUUUCGGAUUCUAAGGCUACUACAGAAAUGAAAUUGCACCGAACGAAAUGUACAGCAAUAAUUCAGGAAGUAUUAGCACCUCAUUUUAAAGAUUCUUUGAGAAAUGAUAUUGGUGAUAAUUCGUAUAGCUUGAUUAUAGAUGAAUCUACUGAUGUUUCUGUUCGAAAAUAUCUCGGUAUUGUUGUUAAAUAUUUUAGCAGCAGUCGCAACGAAAUAGUUUCCACAUUCUUAGGGCUGGUUGAAUUGGAAUCUGCAGAUGCCGAAGGAAUAGUUUCGGCGUUAACAGCACAACUUGAAGCUUUUAAACUUGAUAAAAGCAAGUUAAUUGGAAUCGGAACAGAUAAUGCUUCGGUUAUGACUGGAGUAAACGCAGGUGUCCAUAAAAUAUUGCAGGAAAGGUAUGCUUUACCCAAUCUAGUGUUGAUAAGAUGUGUCUGCCAUUCGAUUCAAUUGGCAGUGUCACAUGCGUCAUGUGAGACUAUACCAAGAAAUAUAGAAUUUAUGAUAAGAGAAACUCACAAUUGGUUCAAGCUUUCACCGAAACGAAAAAACGAAUAUAAAAAUAUAUAUGAAGCGAUAAACUGUGGACAGGAGCCACUUAAGAUCUUAAAAGCUUGUGAUACACGAUGGCUGUCAAUUGAACCUGCGGUAACCAGAAUCUUAAGUCAAUGGAUAGAACUAAAAUUACACUUUCAAUUAAUGAGAACUCGUGAAAAUUGCUACCAAGCCGAAUUAUUAUAUAACAUGUACAACGAUGAAAGAAACAAAAUUUAUUUGCAGUUUUUGUGUGGAAUACUUAAUAAUUUACAAGGGGCAAUAAAAACUUUUGAAAACAAAAGUUCUGACCCAUGUCUGCUCUACAAUACACUACAUGAUUUGAUACGAAACAUGUGCACGAAAAUAAUAAUAGCGCAACCGGGAAUGCAAUUCGAAAGCAUUAAUGUGAAAGAACAUCUGUCUAUGUCACCAUACCUUGGUUAUUUAUUUGAGAAAGAGAUGAACGAGUCUUCAUUGAAUGAGGCUGAAAAAAAAGCAAUGAAGACGAGAACUGGGAAAAUACCGAAGAUACAGUGA